GCUGAAAGUAUAUCACCAUCCAAAAAGUUGCCAUCAAAAUCUCGCUCCCCUAGUCGUUCUCCAGUUUCCAAACCUUUAAAGGAUUGGCAGAGAAAACGUUCAUAUAGAUCCAGGUCUAGUUCAUCCUCAAAAUCACUUGGCUCCCCUCAUUCUUCGUCCUCAAGUAGUUUCAGGACAAAACGCCACUGGCGUCGGGAUUCUCGGUCGCGCUCUGGUUCUCGACAUACACAGCGAAAAUCGAAUGAUGUAAAGGAUUCUCAAAAAAGUACACCACAACCAGUCACCAGGGGGAAUUCCAAGGGUAGACGACGAAGACGCGGUGGUGCCUCAAAUGCUGACUCGAGUACUGACGCGAAUACCUCAAAUGAAGAUACAACAGCUGCAAGGGGUCGUGGACGCGGCAACUGGCGAGGUAAACGUGGAAAUAUUUCGAAGCAGACUCCACCGAGCGAGUCUCGCCUUACCCAACGAGCCAGUAGGUUUAAAGACCAUCUGACUCAGUCAUCCAUUGGGUCAGGCUCAAUUGGACGAACUACCAGUCAGCUGCUUUCAAACUACACUGACGAGCGUGAUGAUUUGGUUGUUGAUUUUGGUAGCUGUCAAAUCAUCGGUACUAUGCAGGAAAUAGAAAAACAGUAUUUAAGACUGACUCGAGCUCCAGAUCCUACAGAAGUUCGACCCUUGGCAGUUUUGAAGCUUUCUUUAGAGCACGUCAAGGAAAAAUGGUAUUCAAAUACCGAUUAUCACUGGGUUUGUGAACAGUUCAAAAGUAUCCGUCAAGAUCUAACAGUACAGGGUAUUGAAGAUGAUUUUGCAGUAUCUGUUUAUGAAGCACAUGCAGAUGUAGCCUUAGAAGCUGGUGAUUUUGAAGAGUUUCAUCAAUGUCAAAGCCAGUUGCUACGUCUUCAUAAAGAAGGUUUAGGUGUUAGUAGACUGCUCGAAUUUACUGCCUACAGACUUCUCUAUUACAUCUUCACUCUCGAUAUUUUAGGUAUCAAUACUAUCAUGGCUGGUUUGCGUCCAACUCACAAAACCAAUCCUUGUAUUUCGUUUGCUUUAAAACUGCGGUCAGCGUGGUCAUUAAGUAAUUAUCAUCGUUUCUUCCGACUUCUCUAUCCAGCUGAAGAUGAUCAGCAACCUCCUUUACGGUGCAAGCAUGUUGUGAACUGGUUUGUUGAUCGUGAAAGAAAAGAGGCUAUCAGGCUAGUGUUUAAGGUGUACGUUGUGUUCUGAUUUGUGGUGGUGGUAGUAGUAGUAUUAUGAUUUGCAGGUAUUAUUAGGAUAACUAAUGGUAGGAUUGUUUGUACUUUUAAAGCAAUUUUAAAUAGGCCAAUUUCGCAUGCGGUUAGUUAUUUGUUCAUUAUUCUUAUUAUUAUGUUAUUAUUAGUUGUUUAGACAAAGCAUAUUAUUAUUGUCAAUUUUUGCUCAUAUUGCAUUACCUUUGGCAGUGGUCAUGUCAAAAGACAAUGAUAGUUACAGUGAUACUAACAUUUAUUUCGAUUAAACCAAUCGGAAGGUCAUAAUCAUGAAAUUCAACACCCUAAAUAUAUUUUUGUAUUCGAGUUUCGCAUCUUCGCCAUUAAGAUGGUGUGAAAUAAAAUCAACUCAAGAAUAGCAACUAAUCUCAAUACUUUGUAUUAUAGACUUUAUGAAAGUGUCUAGCUACGUAACGAGAUUGUCUCGAUUAUGACUGCAUGAUUAUUCAACACCUAAACUUGCUACAGAACAUAGCUUUUCAAAAGGCGAUGCUAUUAAGCAAUGAAUAUUUGCUAUUCUAUGCAUAUUCCUUCAUCUCCAGAUACUGUCAGUCCCGAUAUUUCAUAAGUCAGAUAUAUCGAAAGCACAAUAUAUGACUUCCUUUUGUUCAUAAUGGCGAAACACUUAAUUUCAGUAAUAGUUCUUACAUACACUCACUAACGUAGCCGCUGUUUCUUCAUGUAUUCAAAAUUACUUAGUACUGGUCGGAUUAGUGUCUAACAUUUUUUAUUUUAGUACUUUUUUUCUACCCAUAUCAUGAUUUUCCGUUCUAGUGUGGUAGAUGACUUUUUUCAUGGGGAAUUCGUGUGCUGCUAGGGGUAUGAGAGUGGAUGUCACUUCCAUGCCGCCCACUUCGUGGAAGGGAAUUUCUUGAGGAACCUGAAAAGCAAAUAGGGUUAGUGUUGGUCAAGCUACCUGAGUAUAUGACCGCAGAGCCGAACAUACAACUGCUUGGGGCCGUUCAUGCACGGCCUUUUUAUGGGAAGUUUCUAACGUGAUAGCUCCGCUCUUCAUUAGGCUUUACUGCUUGGGUCGAAAAUCCGUUGAGUGAGGUAAGGUGUGACAUUUCUAGGGUCGAGCUUUUCUAAAAUUUCCCGUCUGUUGUGAUAAGGUAGCAUCGACGCAGAUGCUAGUUGUCCGAGGGAAACUGCUUACUGCUAUCACACCUCUACCUACAGUCAGCAGUUCGACUUCGCUCUCGCACGUUGUGUUGCUGGUUUUAGUCUUACUGGUCUCCAAUGAACCUACCUGGUAUUGUAUGACCUAAAGGAACCUGUGUUCCAACUAAUAUUGCUCGCUUGAAUCAUCAGGACAGGCAAAACUGACUUCCGCGUCAAGAUUGCUGCCAGUUUUAUGAAAAUGUUGCGGUUUCCUUCUCUAUGUAUUCGCUAUCCUAAAAAUCUGUUGUUAAUUUCAAUUCAGUGCCACAUACUGAAGUUUACAUCCAGUUUUUGUAAUCAAGCUUUUUUAAACUGAUAAUUGUUACAGAUUUUAUAGCUUUUUGCGCUUUCUCCAAAACCAUUAAAAUAUACAGCCUUGUGAUCUUUUUACGUGUUCACUUCAUGUUUGUGAUUUAAUUUUGCAUACUGUUAAUUCUGAUUUUUUCUGUUUACUACUAUUCGCAAAUGUCGUUUACGUGAAUUUUGCUUGGUACCUACAACGUAUUCGUUUGUUUCCGAUACGGAUUCUUCCACUGCAUUUAAUAAUGUUAAUCACUUUUUCCGAUCACGAUCUUUUUUCUGAUAUUUCCAAUUCAUUUUCCAUGAAAUAUCCUCACUAUUUUUUAGUUUCCGUCCUACAAUAAGUCUUUCGUUUAUAUCAAAAUUAAUCGGGUUUUCUUCUACUGCUUUAUGUAAAGAUUUUAUUUGUAAAGAAUUCACUCUACCAGAAACCAGUUUGGAGCCAAUAGAGAGAAUCGACACGAAGGUGGUUUGGAAUCUCAUGUGUUCACAGUCCACAUAAAUAUGUGGUGAUGCUUCGUCGUCCACCUUGGAUAUGCAUCUCUAUAAUGUGGCGUUAAAUUAUGCAGCAACGGUUAUAUUUCGUGAAUGACUUUAUCAGACCACUGUACAUCAGUUUAUCUAUUUUAUCAGAAUAAUAUAUCUUUAUGUUCGUUCGUUAUUCUCGAUGUGUAUGAUCCAGACACACCAAUGCUAAUAAAAUUCCUAUAUAUGCGCUUUGAUAAUUCUACCGAUCAUUACGCGGCGUCGAACUUCGUGUAAGGUUACAUUGUGAAGUUCACCUAAUUAGGAUGAUAAAUGUCACCUUAUAUACAGUCACUUUUCGGAUCAUACGUUUGAGGCUUUAUUCCCCUCUCCUGAUUAGUUUUUCCCUUGUACAAUGGUAGGUAUAUAAAUUGUCAAUUUAAAGAUCAACCAUGUGGUCAGUGUCAUUUCAUAAUAUACAGUCGUGAAAAUCCCUGCUAUACAUCAAAUAAGUUCUUCGAGAUUUAACUUAUUGAUAAUUGAUCGUGGGCAUGUCGCCUCGUCCAUACACUACACUGUUUUGCAAGCAGUUACUACUGCUUCCGUCCAGAACUUCUCGUGUCAUUGUAUCUGUAAUUGAAAUAACUGGUUACCAAUGGAAGCGCGCUAGCUGCUGUUUGUUUUUGAUUUCUUUGCUUGUAGCUGUCAAGCAAAGCAAUCUCAGAAAGGCAAUAAGAAGCUCUCGCCAAGAAGUACUGAACUGAACAUAAAGUUCAAUGGCAGUGUCUGUCACUGAAAGGAGUACCAGAAAAGUACACUAACCUUAUACAGACUAUACUCGAACACUACUAACCCAGACAGAGCUUAUGGGAAACUGUCAUCUAAACUGAUUACUUCUUAAAGUGUUCGUCAGGGUUGUCCAUUCUUAUUCAACUUUGUUGCAGACAUACUCUUAGAGUUAACAUUAUCGUAGUCUGACUUUUCCACGAGGAGACUCACUUGUUGACUUAGAGUACGCCGAUGACAUAGCUCUGUUUGUUGAAGACUAACAAAAUGAAGUUUUUUGACCACCUUAAGGAACAAUGCAAGAUGUUACUUCAGAAUUGGCUUGCAUCGGCACCUGAUGACUGACGAAAUCUCAGCACGAAUACAGGAGGCUAGACUAGCUUCUUCCAAACUGCGUCACUCAUGGAGUAGGCGAG